UUGUCUCAUCUCGAACUUGUCUCGAACUCAAUGACCUAGUCGAUUCGAUCGUCUUGUUAUUUUUAUUGGCAGAUCAUACUACCUAUACAUUUUGAAAUUUUUGCUUUGUUUUACUGAAUGUAGUAUUACUUUCAAUAUGAAUGAUGCCAAUUCGUUUGGUGGGUACCAGGAGAGCCCAGGGAUGGGCGGUCAAGUGCCUCAGCCGUCAGGCCCGAUGAACCCGGGUCAGUACAGGUUCUCUGCAGAGGAAUUGAGAGUGCUGGCCGAGUGUAACCGGGAGAGUUUCUUCCAGCGGUCAUUGCCACUUGGCACUUUUCUUGGCCUUGGUACCUAUGCUGCUGUACAGGCAGGUCACCUGCGGCCUAACCCUCGUUUUGGCCCAUUUCCCAAAAUCACUCUGGCAGUGAUAGUCGGUUACUUCCUUGGCAAGCUCUCCUAUCAGCAGGCUUGUGCAGAGAAACUGAUGAACUUGCCCGGUAGCUACAUCGGGCAGCUGCUCCGAGACCGAAGGGAUGGAAAGAUUGGAGGGGGCGGGCGCACGGGCAUGGCGAACCAAUCCCCGUCGAUGUUUGGCGCGGGCCCCGGCGACAUAUACUCGGACGCGGGCCCGGGGUCCGCGCUCGACCUCGACACUGAGCGGCCGCUCUUCAGCGACGACACCUACCGGCCGGACCAAGACUCGGGUGGUCCACCGAGCGGGCAGGAGCCGCCGCCGCCUCGUCCAUCACUGUCGUACGAGGAACUGCGGAGACGCAACCGCGGCGAGUACUCCGAAAACAGGCAGGACCCUUACAGGAUGGAUCCUAACAGCGUGCCGCCCAUCUCUCGUCGUCCCCCGCCACCCCCGCCGCCCACCAACAAGUACGGCGACAGCAUGGAGUAGAAGAUGACACUAACGCGCUGAAUAUCGCAGCUUUUCUAUGAAGGAUUUCAUGCCCGAAUGUAACUAUACAAUUAAUAGGUACAAUGUAGAUAUAGCAUUUGGAAUGAAUAAGACUUUAGAACUGGAAGGUUCAUCAGAGGAUUUUAUUUACGAAAGUAGAAAGGCAAUAUGUCUUAUCCUCUCUCGGUCUAGCUUUGAGGUUAACUGAUUUGGUAGACAGAGCCGACAGCGCUAAAAACUGCGUGCGAUGCAAGACAACACGUCAGAUCUAUAGUUUCAAGUGCAAUAUGGCAUUUCUUUUGUCUUAUAUUAUUCCGAUUUCUAUCUAUGAUUGCAUCAAACGUAAGCGAAAGUAUGCAAACAAUUUCUUUCUCGUUCUAAAUGUGAAAAUAUUUUGUAUGAAAACUCACUCUUACAGGGAAGCCUUAGGCUGACCUUUAGAAUUUUGGAGUUUUGGUGGAACAAAAGAGCAUCAAGUCUAUGAAAAUGCAGUGUCAUAUGAUAAUUUUGGUAAUCAUAUCCUUUUUCGACAAGCAGUUAACAUUCGUGUUAGAAAUGUUAGCGAUACGCAUUUAAGAGAACACUGUUGUACGUAAAAUUUUAUUUAUUCAAAGUUAACCUUCAUAAUAAGUCUUUGAUCAGCGAUUUAUGAAAUAAGAAUCAAUAGCUGUCUUUGUUUCUUUUUAUUGUAAAGUUACAAUUUUCUGGGAAACAAAUAUUACUUAGCCAUUUCGAACUAGCGCUCCGUAAUUACCAAAACUUAAGAUUCUAUAUACUUACCUUUUAUGAAAGAUUGGGUAGAUUGGAAAUCCAUAAGGGAAAGCAAAUAUUUAGAGCGCGGUCUAUUUAAAACAUACGUCGCCGUGAAGCCGCAUUUUGUAAAGCUUCAGUAGAUUAGUCAGGGCAUGAGACAAGUUAUAAAGCGUGUAUCAAUCAUGGUUGUUAAAGUUAAUAAGAAAAUAAAGUAGUUAAGUGUU